CGUUUAAAAAUUGAGGCUCCCAGCAGAGCACUGGUUGCUAGGCAGAGCGCCGGAUAACGCGAGCAUGCGCACUGAGCGCUACGCGCAAGCCGGUGAUUGGCCACACAGUGGCAUUAGCGGCCCGAGGAGGGGGAUGCGUUGUCCUCGGUGUGGUACUGUCCGAAAAAAUAAACCCAGCGCCAAAACGUUACACGUGGUGAACACUCGCAAAGGAUAAACUAAAUACGCAAGCGACCUCUGCUGCUGCAUUAGCUUGGGGGUUUAAUCGAGAAGGAAACCUCUUAAAAGUGUGAUUGACACCAAGCAGGUGUGUGCAGCUGUAAACAGACAUCAUAUAGGCGUCUCUCAGGGUCCAUAGUCAUGAGAGAAGGGGCAUCUGGAGACCUCACUGGUUUGGAGCUGGAGGGAAGGAUUGAGACAGAGGAGACCCCGGUGAACACACUUGAGAGGUCAGCAGAGGAGGAGGGAACCACCACCAGGAGGAAGAAGAAAAAGAAAAAGAAAGAGAUCAUCUACCGCUCUGACCUGGAGGUGGAGGAUGCUGGGGAGGGGUCCUCGGCGGAUGUGGAUGGAGCCUUUAGUCGUCCACUAGACGAAGAAGAAGAGGAUAUCCCUCCUGACAGCCGUUUUGUGACCUUGACUGGCACCAUCACACGGGGAAAGCGGAAAGGCCAAAUGGUAGACAUCUACAUGACGCUUACAGACAAAGAGCUGAGAGACAUGGCGCGAUCUAAAGAGCGUCUAGAUGCAGAGUGUGACGGGGUCGCAGAAGCCAAGGAGAAACCCUGUGCGCUGGGGGUCAGCCAGGGCCCUCAUGUUCUCCUCUGGAGCCUUUCCUGCUCCCCGUUCAUCUUCCUUCUCUCCUUCAUCACAUCGUUUUACUACGGAACACUCACCUGGUACAACGUCUUCCUGGUUUACAAUGAAGAACGCAGCUUUCUGCACAAGAUCACGGUGUGUCCCUUGCUCAUUCUGUUCUAUCCGGUGCUGAUCAUGACGUUGUGCAUCUGUAUGGGGGUGUAUGCCGCUGUGACCCAGCUGUCCUGGGUUUUUGGAGAAUGGUGGUUGGCGGUGAGGGACCUGGAGAAGGGCUUCUGUGGCUGGAUGUGUGGUAAGCUGGGGCUUGAGGACUGUGCACCGUACAAUAUAGUUGAGCUGCUGGACUCUGACACUCUGUCCGGGACCCUCCAGGGGAAGAGGAUGGAAGAUGUUGAGCACACUUCUACUUUGUGAACUUGAAAAGAUGGAAUAACCUUUUGAUUUAAGGAAUGUUCUUGGUUAAUACAAGUUACGUUCUGUCAGUGGCAUCUAUUGCGUGCUGCUGAAGAAGAUCAUUUUGACUUAGAUAGAAUAUGUCUCCAGACUUUUCAAUCAACAAGUUUUAAGAUAAAAAUGAGUCAAAAUGAUUUUUGACAGCAUUUAACAUGUUUUCCGGCCUGAGCAUUCAUAUUAAAGGGUUAGUUCACCCAAAAAAAUUAAACUCUGUCAAGCUGCAGUAGGUAACUUUUGUAAAAAUACAUUUUUUACAUAUUUGUUAAACCUGUCAUUAUGUCCUGACAGUAGAA